CCCCAAAACCCAAAACCCUCGCCUACCAGAGAAUGAACAAAGAAGGAAGAGUUGAGGAGGAAGAAGAAGAACAAACCUUCGAAGAAUUGGGACUUGACCCUCGUCUAAUCCGUGCUUUAACCAAGAAAACUAUCGAUAAACCAACUCCUAUUCAGCGAGUUGCUAUUCCUCUAAUCCUCGAAGGGAAAGAUGUGGUUGCUCGAGCUAAGACUGGUUCUGGAAAGACAUUUGCGUAUCUCCUUCCUUUACUUCACAAGCUUUUUACUCAGUCAUCUUCAGCCAAGAAUCUUGCUCCUACUGCAUUGAUUCUUGUACCUACAAGGGAAUUGUGUCAACAGGUUUGUUCGGAGGCUAAUUCGUUGAUUGAACUAUGUAGAGUGCAAUUAAGGCUUGUCCAAUUGACAAGUUCUAUGUCUGUUUCUGAAUUGAGAACUACGUUGGCGGGGCCUCCGGAAAUUGUAAUAUCUACUCCUGCUUGUAUACAGACAUGCUUGUCAAAUGGAGUUAUUCAAGCGAAAGCUGUUCAAGAUUCUCUGUCCAUUCUCAUUCUCGAUGAGGCAGAUCUUCUUUUGUCAUAUGGAUAUGAAGAUGAUCUGAAAGCUCUUACAUCUCAUGUACCAAGACGUUGCCAGUGCCUUCUGAUGUCUGCAACCUCUAGUUCUGACGUUGAAAAGCUGAAGAAGCUUAUUUUACACAAUCCAUACAUCCUAACCUUGCCUGAGGUGGGAGAAACAAAGGAUGACAUUAUCCCAAAAAAUGUUCAGCAAUUUUAUAUUUCUUGUGCUGCUCGUGAUAAGCUUGUCCAUAUCCUUGCCCUCUUGAAGCUUGAGUUGGUUCAGAAAAAAGUCUUGAUAUUUACGAAUUCAAUUGACAUGAGUUUUAGACUCAAACUAUUCUUUGAGCAGUUUGGGAUCAAGUCUGCAGUGUUAAAUGCCGAGCUGCCUCAGAGUUCUCGUCUACACAUCCUUGAGGAAUUUAAUGCUGGGUUAUUUGAUUACUUGAUUGCGACUGAUGAAAGUCAAUCAGAAGGAAAGGAACAGGUUGAUGAUCAAAAUGGCAGUGAGCGAAAAAAAUCAAAAAAACAUCGAAAGCAUAAAUUGGAUGCAGAGUUUGGUGUGGUCAGAGGGAUAGACUUCAAAAAUGUGCAUACUGUGAUAAAUUAUGAGAUGCCUCAAACAGCUGCAGGCUAUGUACAUCGAAUUGGACGUACUGGAAGAGCAUAUAAUACUGGAGCAUCUGUCUCUCUUGUUUCUGAUGAAGAGACAGAAAUAUUUGAAGAGAUUAAAUCUUUACUGGGGGAAAAUGAAGACAAGGUGUCACAGUUUAUUGCCCCAUUCCCAUUGCUGAGUAAAAAUGCAGUGGAGUCUUUGCGUUACCGAGCUGAGGAUGUUGCAAGGAGUGUUACAAAAAUUGCGGUAAGAGAAUCACGGGCUCAGGAUCUGAGGAAUGAGAUUCUUAAUUCUCAAAAAUUGAAGGCUCAUUUUCAAGAUAAUCCAAAAGACUUAGAUCUUUUGAAGCAUGAUAAGAUGUUAAGCAAGAAAGCACCUGCCCCACACCUACGUGAUGUACCUGACUACCUAUUGGAUCCAACAACACAAGAAGCUAGCAAGAUUGUGAAGCUGGCCAGAGCUGCAAUGGGCAAUACUAAUCCAUCUCGUGGCAAAGGAUCAAAGGGAAGGUUCAAAAGAAGCAGAGACCCUCUUAAAACAUUUUCAGCUGAGGCACCUAAGCGAGCAGGGAAAGGUGGGAUGAAGAGAAAGGUAAAAGAUACUGAUAAUGGCCAUAAACAGUAAAAGAAACACCCUGCCUAGUUGUUUGAUACAAGGAAUUGUAGUUUAUACGAAAUUUGAAUUAUUUAUCAAUCAAUUUUUUUU